GUCUAUACCUAAUCAAGAGGCAGCGAACAUGCAAAAGCUGUGUGUUGCUGCAGUUCAAUUUUACAGGCACUGUUUGUGAAGAUGAUCUAAUCACAAGUUCAAAUAACAAGGGAUAUUGCCACAGAAAAUGUUUUUUUUUUCUUGUUUUAAUGAAAAUGAAAUUAAUUUACUAUAUUUUUGUUAGUUUUAUUUAAAAGCCAAGACCAGUUUAUUUUUUAUUUUCUAUUUUUAGUAAUUAUUAAUACUUCUCAUGUCUGGGAAGUAUAUGAAUCUUAUAGUUGCAGUAUGUCUGAAUGAAAUUGAACUGAGGCAUUAUUCCUUUUCCACAUGAAGAUAAUGCAUUUUAAUGUCCAAGAAAACCUUGUCGCUGUAACAAGCUACAGUAUAUAUUUUCAUUUUAAUUUUCAUUGUACAUACCUUUAGAUGUCAGAAUUUGAAUAAACAAGCUACCAUGAAUAGAAGACUCUGUUGGAACAGGAAAAAUGCCUCAGAUGAUGACAAAGACAUAUGUUAUUUAUCCUUUUGAAUGCCUUUUAAUUUUCUCUUUUUGGUGCAAUGUGUUAAUGCCAAGGCUAUGUCUUGGUUAAGUAUGGUUGAGUACAGAGAUUUAUGUAAGUUAUUUUUCAAAUUAAAAAUAAAAAAUUGAUAUUACACUAACUUCCAAGUGUUGGGUGAUGAUAACAUACACACACACUCACACUCACACUCACACACACAAAUAUGACAUACAUUCUACAGAAACAAGAGAAGUACGUAAGAAGUUGAAGUCUCUUGGCACUCUUACAAGACAUACAUUUUUAAAAGCAGGUAGAAAGUGAUAGAUUAGAUGCUGAGAUAUCCUGACAUUUAGUCCCUAGUAUGGAUAAAACUCUAAAAACACUGGAUUCUACAUUAUUGCUAUUGGGGUUAUUGCUCAGACUUCGAAGAGCUUCUUCCAGAGUCACAGAAGACAUCAUUUAUCUGUUCUCACAGGUUCAACAGUAGACCUCCUCCCCAUGAUGAAAUGACCCUUGUGUGUAAAAGGAGUGGAGUGGGCCUGUAUGAAAAAUGUCAAUGACUGUGUGGUCCAGCACAAGUAGGCUGAACUCUAUUUGUUAAUUGUGAUCCCUUACAACAGUUACAUUUCAUAAAAGGAAAAGGAUCAAACCAGUAACUACUUUAUGUCCCCCAACCCACCCCACCUCCAUGAUCCCAACAUUCCAAAUAACAAAGAGAAGGCUCCUUGUUUAUUUAUUGACACAGUAAUCUUUGUACAGUAGAUUAAGCUCAUGGGUUUGAUAGCUCCAUUAAUCAGACAGAUAUGAUUUCAUUUUAGAACUAAAUGUCAUGAGCAGAUGCAGGUAAAUGCAUUGAUCUCAUACUCUGGAUCUGUAUCAGACCUGGUACUGAUACAUUAAGUGGAUUGGGUAUCAUCUUUUUCAGUGACACAGCAAUACAUGGCUUAAUGCUACCUUACUUAAAAUGAUCACAAAUAACUCCAAGUACUGAGGUAUAGAUUUUAUAUUUAGAUUAAAGCACCAUAGAAUCAGAUUGAGUAUUACCCUGAAUUGACAUAUCUGAAUCAGUAUGAGGAGGGAGAAAAUGAAAUUGGUCUAUCUCUAGGCAGGAUCAUUAACAUAAGUAAUAUACACUUUAAAAAAAAAAAAAAAAAAAGAAAGGCAAGAAGUGAAGAGGUAUGAUUUUAAAGUAGCUCUCUUUCUUGACUUUCUCAUGGAUAUAUUGCCUUACAGGUUCAAACAACAGUUUACAAGCAUUUAGAUUACUGACUAUAGGCUAAACCCAUAUAAUUGAAUUGAUUAAUUAAUUCAUUAAUUCAUUUAAAAGAUUAUUACUUUAGAUUAGAUGAUUACUAAAGACUGUUUUUGUGUCCAUCAAGAAGAACUCUAUACUGCUGUUAACUUCAAGUAAUUAUUUUCCUUCUCUCGCCAGAGAUAUAUUACAGCUUUUAUUAAGUGUGCUGUAGUUUGAAUGUCUCAAGUUGUUAAUUAUACUCAUUAGUGGCAUGACACUUUGCUGUCCUGAAUAAAAUAUUUCAUUUUACAACAAAAGCACAAUCCAGUCUGACAUGUUGUCUGAACUCAGCCUUGUAUUAGCCUUCCUUCUGCUUUUGUCUGAAAAAAGGGAUGACUGGGUAAUGACGAAUGACUGCGGUUUGUGGCAGAAGAGUUCCUGUUUGAGCUGUAUUUAAGGAGACUGCAGACUGCAUGCAUAUGAAUAGAUGUCGAGCUCCACACAGCAGGUCUGUACUUUGUGAUUUUAUUAAAUUGAAGUUCACAUAUGGAGCUUUCUAAUUCUCCUUUUCAAAAUGUAUUAUUGUUACAUUAAUAUUGACUUAAAUUUCAAAACUAAUUUACACUUUAUGCCAUGCAGUAUUAUUGACCAUUACAUGGUUUUAAUUAACUGUUCCUCCUCUUCCUCUCCAACUUUUAAUCUCCAGUGUUGGGUUUUCCAACAUUUUUUCCUUCAAUAUCCAGUAUGCUGCUCUCAUGGACUGUGAUAAAACAAAGCCUGGAGGACACUGGGUCUCUGGUUGUGGAUGUUUUCACCACUGGCGAACGGGAUGGCUUCAAGAAAACCACCAUCCUCCUCCUCACUUGUUGCUUUUCCAGCUUCCUCCUCAGCUCCCUGCUCUUCCUAUACCUCCUCUACACUCUGGACUAUGAGACAGCGGUGGCUGGAGGGAUCGCCGGCUGCUUUGGGACUCUUCUGACAGUUGCCCUAUUCCUGUCCAAGAGAGUACGAUGCUUGGGGACCCUAUUUGUUAUCUCUAUUUUCAUGAAGAAGAGCCGAAAUCUGCUCCUGACCACAGGAACCAGUUUGGUGGUUCUUCGAAAUAUCCGCAACACGUUGGAGAACCUCACAGGCCUGGUCAAGAGCAUGAUUUGCAACCUGAAGGCCAAGAAAGCAUCGAUUACUUCGCCUUUCAGUAACUAUGUUAAGAUUUUAAAAUGGCUGGGUAACAUACUCAAAGGGGUUACAGACCUGGGGGUGGUGAACCUUGACUCCAAGCUCAAGGUCUCACCAAAAAUGGAAUCAGAAAAAUUUAAGGAGAGACUCAAUGGAGCAGAGCAAAAACUGAAUGAAACUGUAAGGUACGCACAGGCCAUUAUGAACACAGUGUCUUCUGUUACUGACCGGAUGUUUCCUGCCAUCACCUUCCUCAUAUUCAUGAUGUUUAUAGCCUUGCACAUUAAAAGAUUCUGCAAUGACUUGAAACACCAAAAUCGAUUCGUCAGUAGCAAGUUCAUUCAGUUUGACGAGAAGCAGAAGGCGGAAGGAAAGCCGCAUGUCCUUCCUCUCACACCCAAGGAGAAGAGGCUUUACACUUCUAUCCCAUCCGCCCGUCCCAGCGCACGAGAGGGGAAAGCUGUGCUGAAAUUUGGUAUCCCAGUUGUCUCCCAUUUCGUAACUUGGGUAAUAUUUAUAACUGUGGAUGCCUUACUUUACUGUUUUGUUGAUAUCGUAACAACGAAAUUAUCAGAGAUGAAACCAUUCCAUGUCCCCUUGCUAAUGAGCAUCAAAAGGAUUUCAACCUUAGUUGGUAUACACUUUGGCGAGGAAAACCAUAAGGAAGACUUUUCCUACUCUGUGACCCUUUUUGAGAAGAAGUGUCUUCCAAAACCAAAGCUGCUGCUCUAUAACUCUGUGGUUCCACUGGCUGCCAUCCUGCUCACUCUGUUCAUUAUGGCCCUGGUGGCUGCCAAAGUGUCCCAGCUUAGGCUGAUGGUGUGUGAGCGAUUCUUCACCGCCGCUGCAGAGCAGAGGGUGGAGUACCUGCAUGCCAAAAUCCUGAGGAAGAGAUUAAAAACGUGGAAGGAGAAAGCAGAUAAUAGCCUCCUUACAUCACUAAUCAUUAAGGUAUGCAUUACAGUAAUUGCUCUAGUGAAUGAUGAGUGCAUUAUGGUUUUAAAACACUGAAACUUUGUCUUUAAUCAAUACUUUUUCUUAUCUUCUCUCAUCAGCCACAAUUCUGGUGCCCGCUACUCUUCACACCCAAAGAGGAUCGACAGAGUAUCGUAUGAGGAAAUUAUUCUAACUGCUGCUUUUAGCUACCCAAGCAGCCAGACUGAAAUACCUCAACAACUAUUGGAUGGAGACUUUAAUGGUCCCCAAUGGAUGAACCCUACUAACUUUGUUGAUCCUCUGACUUUUCCUCUGGUGUCACCAUGAGGUUGACAGUUGUGGUUUACAAUGAAAUAUCUACUAUGGGAUGGAUUGCCAUAAAAACUGGUGCAAGACGUUAAACCCUAAUGACUUUAGUGAUCCCUGACUGUUCCUUAUGCAUCACCAUGAGGUUGAUUUAUGGUUUUGAAUGGAAUGUCAAACAACUAUCAGAUGGAUUACUAUAUAAAUUGGUGCAUGCAUUCAUGUGAUCUCCCAGAUCUAGCGCUAUUCCUCAGGUCGACUAUUUUGGUUUAUCACUGAAUACCUGCAAAACUAUUGACAUUCCCAUCAGCCUCAGCUGGUUUAAGUUCUAGUUCUCAACUGUUACCAUGCUAACAUGCUAAAGCAAGAUGGUUAACAUCACAAAUAACACAUCAGCAUGUUAGCAUUGUCCUUGUGAGACUAAGCAUGCAGCCUCACAGCAAUGCUAGCAUGGCUGUAGACUCUUGUCUUCUUUUUUCUACUAGUUUUUCUACUGUAUUGAAUAAUUUAACAAUAAAUUCAUGCUGCUACGACUCCGUGCCCAAUUACUGUUUUUGUGCAUAAUCCUUCCUGCAUGCUACAGUAGUUAAUUAAGUUAUGUCACUUAACAUAACAGUUCAAUCUGCUCAUUGGCAGUAAUGGUAACCAUGGAGAAUGGUUUAUAGAGAAGUCACUUUCAUGUUGACAACAGCCAACCAAAGACCACUAAUCAAGAGGCUGUAAUUCAAUUAGCUUAAGCUUUAAUGAGCAAUCUGCAACUAGAAAUGUCAUCUUACUUAUCAGAGGUGUUUCAUAUACAUUACAUCAUGGUCAUUGCAUAACAAGGCAGGUGACCCAAAAACUGUCUGCACAAAUAAUCUGCGUUAUAGCAAUAUGUACUGUAUUUAUGAAUGGAUGCUCCAAUUAACUAUAACUAAAGGAAUAAUACGUUAAAACUGUAUUUGUGUAGGAUAGCGCACCGGACAAUCUCCAGUAACCUGAGAUACAGGGAUAGGCUUCUGUAUAUUACCUCCAUGUCUAAUGCUCCCCUGCAGAGAGUAGGGCAGAUAUUUGCUUACAUAAUCCAAGACAGAUGUCCCCUACAUGUGCAGUGAACAGCACUGUCCUCUUUCCACUUAAACACACUGUCACCGCUCAUUAACAUCCUGCCGGUGUCACUGUAUUCACCUAGCACAUGGAUCACAUAUCUUUCUUUGUAAUGUGUGAUAAAGAAUGUGACAGAUGAGAUAUACACUGAUGAGUGUUCAGUGUUAAGUUGGUACAUAUGAUUUUAAUUGGUACCACUUUAUAAUAAGGCAGACUUUAUGAAGCAUUUAUAAGUUAAAGCUUUAUUCAUGGUUUUAAAAAAUUAUUCUUUAUAGAUAAUUAAUGCACCAUUAAUAAGAACAAGUUUGUCUUCCACCUUGAUGGAAUAGUUUCAAGUAAUUAUGAUGACUUAUUAUAAACCGUGGCCUUAUUAUGAAACAGCAUGACAUAAGACAGCCUGGAAAAACCCUAAUAUUGUCAUUAUCAAUAGCUCAUAAUUCAUCUAUGAGGUAUUAGUAAACAGUUUAUACAUAGGGCCUUAUUAAAGCCUCUGUUCCUGUUUUUCUUCCCACGCAUUACUUGUUCCUUAUUUUAGCUCCUCCACAUCAGUAUUCCGUGAACUGCUUCUGCGUCCACAUAUUUGUCCACCGAUUAUGAUCUAGAAGAAUAGUGUUUAUAAUCCAGUAGGGCACAUUUGACCAUUUUCAGAGUUUCAACCUUACAGUCUCAUUCCACUGGUGCCACACCAUUCCUUCCACUGUCAGAGACAAGAGGAAGGAAGUGGUAAAGCUCAAGGAUGAGUAGGCCUUCUGUGACUCACACCGUCGCCACUGACCCGUGUGGCAACCUGAUAAGCUCACAUUAUGUCUACACUGGCCCUGUGGCAUAAUACCACGCCAGCAUGCCAGCCCAAUAGGAAGCUGCCACAUGAUGCUCAGUGACAGCCACAGACCUUUUUACCACAGGAAGGAAUGAAUGCAGUCCAUACAUGGGCAUAGAUGGAGUGAGUAUGAUCAUUUGCUAUCAUGCUGAAUAUGCAAAUGCAGAGUCAAUCUGGGUCAACAAAGAAAAUCUUAAUACUUUCACGCAUGUCAGUGCUUUUUAAUGAAUAUUUCAUCAAAAGGAAGGAUGCUUUUGGGUAUGAAAAAUUAGCCCCGUUACCAACGGCAACAAACAUUUACGG